UCAGCAUAAAUCUCCAGCGGAGAUGACUCGGAGGUUUUGCGUUAGGCUCAAACAAACAAAACUAGAAAUAAAGCACAAGUCAGGUUUGUUUUAUAGAACAUAUUCAAAAGAAUGACCACUAUCUAAACUUCAUUUUUAAAAUAGAAUCUCAGCAGUUAAGGUUUGACAACAUCGACCUACAUAAGACAUAACUUGUCAAGGCUCCACCCCUUCCAUGACUCGCCUGAGGUACUCCUGUAAUCACAAGUCCUUCCUCCUUGACUUGAAAUAAAAAACAUCCAGCAAGCCUCACUCAGAUUAAACUGCCAGGAUCUGCUGAGAGAUCAGAGUUUAGCAGGAACUUUGGAUGCUUGAAACCAGAAGAAAUGCCUCCAAAAUCUCUGGACUUGUAUUGCCCCAUCUGUAAGGACAUCUUCAGAGAUCCUGUUGAUUUGCUCUGUAGCCACAGCUUCUGCAGAGAGUGUUUGAAUAAAUGGUGGAAAGACAAAAUAUCCCCAAACUGUCCGAUCUGCAGGAGAAUAUCGUCAAUCAACAAUGGCAUUUCUAGAGAGGUUUGCUGCCGCCUGCAUGGUGAGAGAUUCAAGCUGUUCUGUGUGGAUGACAAGGAACUUUUAUGUCUCGUCUGUCAGCAUUCAGGUGAUCAUUAUGGACACAAACUCCAACCUGUUAAUGAAGUAGCUCAGGGUCGGAGAAAUGAGCUGAGAAAGGCCCUGAGGCCGCUGCUGGACAAACUGAAGGUGUUCAAAGAAGAGAAGGGAAACCUGGAUCAGACAGCUGAAUACAUUAAGCUCCAGGCCCAACAAACCGAGGGACGGAUCAAGGAGCAGUUCAGGAAGCUUCACCUGUUUCUCCACAAGGAGGAAGACUCCAGGAUUUCUGCUCUGAGGACAGAGGAAAACAAGAAGACUCAGAAGUUAAGCCUAAAGAUCGACGCCCUGAGUAGAGAGAUCGCUGCUCUUUCAUGGACAAUAAAAGACACAGAGGGACUGAUAAAGGCUGACGAUGCUGUAAUGCUGCAGAGCUUUAGGACUGCUACAGAAACCAUCCAACAGCGCCUUCCUCGCCUCCUGCUGGAGAAUCCUCAGCCUGUCUCUCGAGCCCUGAUAGAUGUGGCCAAACACCUGGGCAACCUGAGCUUCAACAUCUGGAACAAGAUGAAGCAUCUGGUGUCCUACACUCCUGUGGUUCUGGAUCCUAACAGCGCCAACUUUGAGCUCAUCCUGUCUGAAGACCUGACCAGCGUGAGAUGCGGCCAGAAGCAGAACAUUCCCGACAACCCGGAGAGGUUCGACUUCUUCCGCAUCGUCCUGGGCUCGGAGGGCUUCAUGACGGGAACCUACAGCUGGGACGUUGAGGUUGGAGACAACACAGACUGGUUUGUGGGCGUCGCCUCGCAGGACGUCCAGAGGAAAGGAAACCAUCCCAGCCGUCUGUGGAGAAUCGGCUGCAUUGACGGUCAGUACAUGGCCCGGGCCCUGUCGGAACCGUCCACGGUUCUGGAACCGAUGGGAAAGCUGAGCCGGAUCAGAGUCCAUCUGGACUGGAACCGGGGGAAGCUGGUGUUCGUCGACCUCAACACCAACACACACCUUCACACCUUCACACACUCAUUCAGUCAGAAACUGUUCCCCUACCUGAACACGGUGAAUGCGUCUCCUCUGAGGGUAAUACCUGAGAAACUCUGCCUGAAGUCCAGUUAGAGCACAAAGUGGUGCUGACCCGACACGUUCGGGUCGUUCACCAGCAACACGGGAAAAUGUCGUUAUAAGUAAAGAAAUCUGCCAGGGACUUUAAAGAAACUCCUAUGACUUUCUGAAACAUUUGUCUUAUUUCAAGAUAUUUGAAGUUAAAACUAAAAAACAUAUUUAUUGUCUUUGCAGUGAAGAAGCUGCAGAAUCCAUCAUGAUGUGAAGUUUAAAAUGUUAUCCCACUGAUCAGGCAACGUGUUGCUCAGUUUCUGGACAACAUUUUUGAAGAUUUGCAGCCUUGCGUCAUUUCAUGAACCUUUUUCUUAAUGUUUCACAGUGAAAUGUGUUGAAAUGUGGGAUUUUAGUUGCCAAAAAGUUUCUGAAAUGUUGAUGCGCAAAUAAAAAAUAUUUAAAUCUG